CGACCCUUUUGGAACAAACUAUGCUUUAAAAUGUAAACGGUGGAGGCAUUUUCCUUGCGUUGUCCAGAAAGAACUUUCUGCUGCCUGAGCCUGGAUUAAUCAUGAGAGAGUUCGUCAACAUUCCACUGGUACAUAUUCUUACUUUGGUUGCCUUCAGCGGGACUGAGAAACUUCCAAAAGCCCCUGUCAUCACCACUCCUCUUGAAACAGUGGACGCCUUAGUUGAAGAAGUUGCUACUUUCAUGUGUGCAGUGGAAUCCUACCCCCAGCCUGAAAUUUCCUGGACCAGAAAUAAAAUUCUCAUUAAGCUAUUUGAUACCCGGUACAGCAUUCGGGAGAAUGGUCAGCUCCUCACCAUCCUGAGCGUGGAAGACAGUGAUGAUGGCAUUUAUUGCUGCAUUGCCAACAAUGGUGUGGGAGGAGCUGCCGAGAGCUGUGGAGCUCUACAAGUGAAGAUGAAACCUAAAAUAACUCGUCCUCCCAUAAAUGUAAAAAUAAUAGAAGGAUUAAAGGCAGUUCUACCAUGUACUACAAUGGGCAACCCCAAACCAUCAGUGUCAUGGAUCAAGGGGGACAGUGCUCUCAGGGAAAAUUCCCGGACUGCGGUUCUUGAAUCUGGGAGCUUAAGGAUUCAUAAUGUACAAAAGGAAGACGCAGGACAUUAUCGAUGUGUGGCAAAAAACAGCCUUGGGACAGCAUACUCCAAACUGGUGAAGCUGGAAGUGGAGGAAGAGAGUGAACCUGAGCAAGAUACUAAAGUUUUUGCCAGAAUCCUGCGGGCUCCUGAAUCCCACAAUGUCACGUUUGGCUCCUUUGUGACCCUCCGCUGUACAGCCACAGGCAUCCCUGUCCCCACCAUCACCUGGAUUGAAAAUGGAAAUUCUGUUUCUUCUGGGUCUAUUCAAGAAAGUGUGAAAGACCGAGUAAUUGACUCAAGACUGCAGCUGUUUAUCACCAAGCCAGGACUCUACACGUGCAUAGCUACUAACAAGCACGGAGAGAAAUUCAGUACUGCAAAGGCUGCAGCCACCAUCAGUAUAGCAGAAUGGAGCAAGCCACAGAAAGAUAACAAAGGCUACUGCGCCCAGUACAGAGGGGAGGUGUGCAAUGCUGUCCUGGCAAAAGACGCUCUUGUUUUCUUCAACAACUCCUACGCAGACCCUGAGGAGGCCCAAGAACUACUGGUUCAUACUGCCUGGAAUGAACUGAAAGCAGUGAGCCCAUUCUGCCGGCCAGCUGCUGAAGCUUUGCUGUGUAACCACAUCUUCCAAGAAUGCAACCCUGGAGUGGUACCUACUCCUAUACCCAUUUGCAGAGAAUACUGCUUGGCAGUAAAGGAGCUCUUCUGUGCAAAAGAAUGGCUGGUGGUGGAAGAAAAGACCCACAGGGGACUCUACAGAUCCGGGAUGCUUCUGUUCUCCAUGCCAGACUGCAACAAACUCCCCAGCAUGCACUGGGACCCAAUGGCCUGUACCAGACUGCCAUACUUAGCAUUCCCGCCAAUGACGUCCUCAAAGCCAAGUGUGGACAUUCCAAAUGCGCCUUCCUCCUCCUCGCCCUCCUUCUCUGUCUCACCUACGUACUCUAUGACUGUAAUCAUCUCCAUCAUGUCCAGCUUUGCCAUAUUUGUGCUUCUUACCAUAACUACUCUUUAUUGCUGCCGAAGACGAAAACAAUGGAAAAAUAAGAAAAGAGAAUCGGCAGCAGUAACCCUCACUACUCUUCCUUCUGAGCUCUUGCUAGACAGACUUCACCCCAACCCCAUGUACCAGAGGAUGCCACUCCUUUUGAAUCCCAAAUUGCUCAGUCUGGAGUAUCCCAGGAAUAACAUUGAAUAUGUGAGAGAUAUCGGAGAGGGAGCAUUUGGAAGGGUCUUUCAAGCAAGGGCUCCAGGCUUACUUCCCUACGAACCUUUCACAAUGGUGGCAGUGAAGAUGCUCAAAGAAGAAGCCUCAGCAGAUAUGCAAGCAGAUUUUCAGAGGGAGGCAGCCCUCAUGGCAGAAUUUGAUAAUCCUAAUAUUGUGAAACUCUUAGGAGUGUGCGCGGUGGGGAAGCCCAUGUGCUUGCUCUUUGAAUACAUGGCCUACGGGGACCUCAAUGAGUUCCUCCGCAGCAUGGCCCCACACCCCGGACGCGGCCUCAGUCCCAGCGACCUGUCCCCCGGGUCACAGGCCUCCAGCCCCGGCCCCCCGGCCCUCUCCUGCGCGGAGCAGCUGUGCAUCGCCAGGCAGGUGGCCGCGGGCAUGGCCUACCUCUCCGAGCGCAAGUUCGUCCACCGCGAUUUGGCCACCAGGAACUGCCUGGUGGGUGAGAACAUGGUGGUGAAAAUCGCCGACUUCGGCCUCUCUAGAAACAUCUACUCGGCGGACUACUACAAAGCCAAUGAAAACGACGCCAUCCCCAUCCGUUGGAUGCCCCCCGAGUCCAUCUUCUACAACCGCUACACCACGGAGUCUGACGUGUGGGCCUAUGGGGUGGUCCUUUGGGAGAUCUUCUCCUACGGCCUGCAGCCCUACUACGGGAUGGCCCACGAGGAGGUCAUCUACUACGUGCGGGAUGGUAACAUCCUCUCCUGCCCGGAGAACUGCCCCCUGGAACUGUACAAUCUCAUGCGUCUGUGUUGGAGCAAGGUGCCUGCAGAUAGACCCAGUUUCAGCAGCAUCCACCGAAUCCUGGAACGCAUGUGUGAGCGGGCGGAGGGCAGUGGGGGUGUCUGAGGUCCACGAUGGGCGAAGAGAACUCUCCAGUCUCUUCUCAGACCCUGGGACCCAGAGUAGUGCAACGCCCAAGCCCCCAGGAGACCCAAAUAGCAAAGAAUAGUGGCAGACAUGGGUACCAUGCUGCUUAUUUCUCAGAAAAAAAAAAAAAAAAAGACUGGGAAGAACUCCUGGAUUGGGUAGAAACUGGGUGAAGGGAAAGGCAGGCGAGAAAACGUGCCAGAUAACCGGAGGUAACUACUCUUCCUCACGGGGAAAGCUUGUGUUACAUAUUGUACCGGAAAGAAUGCCACCCUGUUCAGUUCCUGAAUUAGCUGGCAGCAGAAUAAGCCUCUGCUGUAUUAAAUUUUAAUAUGAACUGCGGUUGAGAGCUUCAUUUUUAAUAGAGUUCAUUCCUGUCCAUUAGGAAAGUAGUGUAUCUUCCUGUAAGAAAUUUAGUUCAAGCACAGAAAACUCCAAAGAAGGAAAAAGCAUUCAUUGUCCCCUCACCCAAAGAUGGGUGUUGGUUUUUUAUUCAAUUUCUUUCUUGAGUUUAAUACACACUUUUAUAUUUGUUUGUAUUCGACAAAGUUGUGGUUUACUUUAUUGAUAGAGGGUUUCCAAGGAAUAAAGUGAUAAUCA